UAACACGUUGGCAUGUUUGUGUACAUAACCAAAACUUCUAUCAAUUAUCAUACUCACAGUCACAAGUCUUCACGAGUCCAACUAACUAACUCCGGCGACAAUGUCCCGCCCCGUCGGCGGCACCGAACACAGCUGGUGCAGAGCCGUCCCCGGCGGCACCGGCGUCACCGUCUCCGCCAUACUCCUCUCCAAACCACCCAAUCUCCCCCACCUCCAAUCCCUCAUCCACCAACUCCAAUCUCACCACCCUAUUCUCAGAUCAAAACUCCAUUUCAACCCCACCACCAACACCUACUCUUUCUCCGAUUUCACCCCACCCACCCUCCAAAUCCACACCUCCGAUCACACCCACUCAUUCUACCAAACCCUCGAACAAGAAAUGAACACAAACCCAUGGAACAAUCAAGAAAUAACAGAAACUGACGUAAUGUUUGCGAGUCUGUACAAUCUACCGAACGAGCAGUGGGCGGUGGUUCUGCGGCUGCACACGGCGGUGUGUGACCGGGUGGCGGCGACGGGGUUGAUGAGGGAGUUGGUGGGGUUAAUGGGUGGUGGUGAAAUGGGGGUUGCGAAGGAAGAGGGGUUAGGGGUAGCGAUUGAGGAUUGUGUACCUGCGGGUAAAGCUAAUAAACCGUUUUGGGCUCGUGGGGCGGAUAUGAUUGGGUAUUCGGUUAAUGCGUUUCGGUUUUCUAAUUUGGAGUUCGCGGAAACGGGGUUGCCCGAUUCGACUCGGUUUGUGAGGUUGAAGAUUGGGGUGGAUGAGACUGAUAAGAUUGUUAAUGGAUGUAAAGCAAAAGGGGUUAAAUUGUUUGGGGCGUUGGCUGCUGCGGGAUUUAUUGCUGCUCGGGCUUCGAAAAGUUUGCCGGAUGAGAAAUGGGAAAAGUAUUCGCUUGCGACUCUUAUUGAUUGUCGUUCGGAGCUUGAUCCUGUUCUUAGUGAUCAUCAUGUUGGAUUUUACCAUUCUGCCAUCUUAAAUUCGCAUGACAUAAAGGGAGGGGAAGAUUUAUGGGAUCUAGCACAAAAAAUCUACACAUCCUUAACAACCGCAAAAAGCAAGAACAAACAUUUUACAGACAUGGCGGACUUAAACUUUUUAAUGUGCAAAGCCAUUGAAAACCCAGGUUUAACCCCUUCUUCUUCACUGAGAACUUCACUCAUCUCUGUGUUUGAAGAACCUGUAACCGAAAACGCCAAUCAAAUCCACCAAGAGAUUGGUUUGUUGGAUUACGUUGGUUGUGCUUCGGUUCAUGGUGUGAGUCCUUCACUAGCAAUCUUUGAUUCGAUUCGUGAUGGCGAGCUGGAUUGUGCUUGUGUGUAUCCAUCUCCAACUCAUUCAAGGGAACAAAUGCAAGAUUUGGUGGAUCAUAUGAAGAAAAUUCUUGUUGAAUGUAGUGUACCUCAAUGAAAAUUGUGUUGGUAAUUUUAUAUUUCUUGUUGUUGUGGACGAUUGAUUGAUUCUUCAUGUUUUCAUAUCACGGUUACUUUGAUUAA